AUGUCUGUCCAUAUCUAUCUAUCUAAGUCUGUUCAUAUCUAUCUAUCUAUCUAUCUAUCUAUCUAUCUAUCUAUCUAUCUAAGUCUGUUCAUAUCUAUCUAUCUAUCUAUCUAUCUAUCUCAGUCUGCUGUUUCCAUCUAUCUAUCUAUCUAUCUAUCUAUGUCAGGCUAUUCUUAUCUAUCUAUCUAUCUAUCUAUCUAUCUAUCUAUCUAUCUAUCUAUAUAUAUAUAUAUAGUGUCACUCUCUCACAGACGCGCCGUCAUCUCUCUCUGUCUUUUUUACAAAUACUUUCAUGGCUGUUUCUAUCUAUCUAUCUAUCUAUCUAUCUAUCUAUCUAUCUAUCUCAGUUUGUUCAUAUCUAUCUAUCUAUCUAUCUAUCUAUCAGUCUAUUCAUAUCUAUCUAUCUAUCUAUCUCAGUUUGUUCAUAUCUAUCUAUCUAUCUAUCUAUCUAUCUAUCUAUCUAUCUAUCUAUCUAUCUCAUUAUUUGGCUCGCCCAAAUGGGAAAAACCUGCCAUUUUGUCUCUCAACUCCACGAUACACGGGGAUGACAUAUACGUAUGUGCCUCUCUCCGCCGAAACGCUGUCAUUCUGUUGAUUCAUGCAGCGCUCUCUCUGGAUCAGCUAACCAGAAUAAGUCAUCUCUCCCUCGUCCCCUGCUGGCCAAACGUCAAUGUUUAUAUUAUAUAA